AUGGUAGUUCAAAAAAGGUUGUUGACUGAAGAUGAUUUGCAGAAGUGGUUGAAUUCAGAGACCUAUGAGUCUGUGGUGUCUUUUGUCACGCAACUUGGUGAAGCUGUAAAUGGUAAAGAGAAUGCAGCUUACGAACAACCGAUCAGCAGUCAGAUAGAGAAUCUAUGUGCAUUAUUGGAUACAGUUGCUAAGAUAGUUGAUAAACAUCCGGUUGUACAGGAUAAGGGCACUUCAAGAUUUGGCAAAGUAGAGUUUCGUGAUUUUUAUGAUGAGGUUAGGGAGACAACAAAGGAGCUAAUAUCGUCUUUGAGUUCUGAAUUAACGGAUGAACAGGUUGAGGAGUUAGCAGUAUACUUUACGGAGUCAUGGGGUGACCGCAAAAGAAUUGAUUAUGGAUCCGGGCAUGAAUUAAAUUUUAUAUGUUUUCUUUAUGGGUUGACGCACUAUUCUGUUUUAAGUGAUGCUGAUAAAGUUAAUCUUGUGUUGAAGGUGUUUAUAAAGUAUCUUGACGUGAUGCGAUUAUUGGAGACCAAAUACUGGUUGGAGCCUGCAGGGUCGCACGGUGUAUGGGGUUUGGAUGACUACCACUUCCUUCCGUUCUUAUUUGGGGCAUUCCAAUUGACAACUCAUAAGCACUUGAAGCCUAAAUCAAUUCACAAUCCUGAGAUUGUAGAAGUAUUUGAAAAAAGGUACAUGUAUUUUGAGUGCGUAGCAUUUAUAAACAAAGUGAAAACUACUGCAUCGUUAAGAUGGCAUUCUCCUAUGCUGGACGAUAUUAGCGGUGUGAGAACUUGGUCUAAGGUUGCAGAGGGUAUGGUGAAGAUGUAUAAAGCUGAAGUAUUGGGCAAGCUUCCAAUCAUGCAGCAUUUCUUCUUUUCAACAUUUCUACCUGGUCCUGAAAAUGUCUCUGCGCCAAGAGAUGGUGCAACUGAUGAUGCCCAUUGUAUUUCCCAUUCGCAUGGAGGAUGGGGCGAUUGUUGUGGGAUCCCAAUACCAAGUGCUAUCGCUGCAACCGAACUAAAUAGGAGAAGGGGCAAGCCACUUCCAUUUGAUUAG